GUGGGCACAGGUGGGUGGCACUGGUGGGCACAGGUGGGUGGCACUGGUGGGCACAGGUGGGUGGGCACAGGUGGGUGGCACUGCUGGGCACAGGUAGGUGGCACUUCUGGGCACAGGUGGGUGCACUGCUGGGCACAGGUGGGUGCACUGCUGGGCACAGGUGGGCAGAACUUGUGGGUGGCACUGCUGGGCACCGAUCAUCAGGGCACUGAUCAUCAGUGCCCUGAUGAUCGAUGCCGAUCCUCGCUCUGACAACUGCCGGUUCUCGGCAGUACUUUCCUCACGAUCUGACAGCGUGAGGAAAGUGCAGCCGAGAACCGGCACUUGCAU